CGGGCCGCAGAGGAGGGCGGGAGGCGCGUUUCUCGCGGCGCUUCGUCUCCCUCGCCCGCUGUCUGAGGGGAAAGCGCUGCCGCCUCGCCGGGGAGACGCCGUUUCCUCAGCCGCCGGGAGGAGGAAGGAUGGAGGCGGCCUGGCGCCGGGGCGGCCGCGGCAGAGGAGUGGGCAGAGCCGGAGCCACCCCCGCGGGGAACGGACCUGGCGGCCGCGGGAGGGGAAGAGGAGCGGGAGGCGCCGAGGCCGCCGGGGAAUUAGCUUCUCAGAAAAAAUUUGAUGAAAUUAAGAGGGCGAAUCAAGCAGCAGCUAAAAAGCUGGUGGAAGACCAGUUUAGUUCUUCAUCUGAAGAUGACAGUGAUGAUGAUGAUGUUGAAGGAAAACAUGGGAGAAUAUUGGCCCAAACAUUUACAACUUACACUAAUCAAACUGAUGGUGACACAAGUGAAUUGGAGCGCAUGAGACAAUACAUGAAUGAGGCUUUUCAGUCUGGAGCAACAACAUGCUUGAUUUGCAUUGCUUCUGUUAAGAGAAACCAUGCUAUUUGGAGUUGCUCUGGAUGUUUCUGCAUAUUUCACAUGCCAUGCAUUCAGAAGUGGGCUAAGGAUAGUGUUUUCCUAAUAACUUCUCCCUUGACAGAUGAUAAUUUUGAAAAGAAGGAUUAUCCAUGGCCAUGUCCAAAAUGUAGGUUUGAGUACAAGCGAUCAGAGACUCCUGCUAGAUAUUACUGCUACUGCGGAAAGGUGGAGGAUCCAGCUUUGGACCCUUGGCUAGUUCCACAUUCUUGUGGCCAAAUAUGUGAGAGGGAUUUCAAACCUCCGUGUGGACACAAGUGCCUGCUACUUUGUCACCCAGGUCCUUGUCCACCUUGUCCCAAGGUGGUCUUAACAUCUUGUUACUGUAAGAGGGCAAAGCCUGUGCCACGGAGGUGCAGUACAAAAGAAUGGUCGUGUCAGCAACCCUGUUGUCGAAAAUUGCCCUGCGGACAGCACAGCUGUGAGAAAUCUUGCCAUCCAGGAGACUGUGAACCCUGCCCAAGAGUUAGCAGGCAGAGAUGUGUAUGUGGAAGGCAAGUAGCAGAAAGACUUUGUGCAAGCCCUUUGUGGCAAUGUGAUCAGGCAUGUCGCAAAACCUUACCCUGUGGUUUUCAUGCCUGUGAGCAAGUUUGUCAUGCUGGUCCCUGUGGGGAAUGUCCUCGAUCUGGAAAAAGGUCCUGUCCAUGUGGAAAAUCAAAAUUUUCUUUGCCAUGUACGGAGGAUGUGCCUACCUGUGGAGACAGUUGUGACAAAGUCCUUGAAUGUGAAAUCCAUAGAUGUUCACAGCGCUGCCAUCGAGGUCCUUGUGAAAUCUGUAGACAGGAAGUUGAAAAGCAGUGCCGCUGUGGAAAGCAUACGAAACAGAUGCCCUGCCAUAAACCAUAUCUUUGUGAGUCAAAAUGUGCAAAAAUUCGUGACUGUCAAAAACAUCAGUGCAAGAGAAAGUGCUGUCCUGGAAACUGCCCACCAUGCGAUCAAGCCUGUGGGCGAACGUUAGGAUGUCGGAAUCACAAAUGUCCUUCAGUCUGCCAUAGAGGUAGCUGCUAUCCAUGUCCUGAAACUGUAGAUGUGAAGUGCAACUGUGGCAAAACUGUUCUCAGAGUACCAUGUGGCAGAGAACGUACCACCAAACCUCCCAGGUGCAAAGAGUUUUGCAGGCAGCCACCAACUUGCCAUCAUCCCAGUCGAGAGAAACACAGCUGCCACUUUGGCCCAUGCCCUCCUUGCCGUCAGCCUUGCAAGAAACCCUUAGAUAAGUGCACCCAUUUGUGUCCAGCUGCUUGCCAUGACGAAGCACUUGUGAAGCAAUCUGGCCUGCACCAACCUGCAGGCCCCUGGGAACAGUCUCCAGAGCCUGUUUUUAUUCAGACUGCGCUGCCUUGCCCUCCUUGUCGGGUUCCAAUUCCAACGCAGUGCCUGGGGAAACACGAGGUGAGUCCAUUGCUAUGUCAUGCUGCUGCACCCUACUCUUGUAAAAGAUUGUGUGGAAGACUGCUCAAGUGUCAGAACCACACCUGCAUGAAAGAAUGCCAUAAAGUUCUGGAAAGAGAUAGUGGCGGUGACAAUCAAAAGGCAAGUCAAGAAUGCUCUCAGUGUGAAGAAGGAUGUUCCAAGCCACGCCCACCUGGCUGCCCUCACUCAUGCCCUCUACCUUGCCACCCUGGAGAAUGCUUACCAUGUGCCCAGUUGAUCCGGAUGAAGUGUCACUGCAGACUCACAAGCCUGUACAUCGAAUGCAUAAAAAUCACCAGUGUUGGUUUAAAAGAAAAGGAUGUACUCGGCUCCUGCAAAAACCAGUGUCCAAAAGAGUUGUCCUGUGGUCACAGGUGCAAAGAGAUCUGCCAUCCAGGUGACUGCCCUCAGAACUGUAAUCAGAAGGUAAAGAUCAGAUGUCCUUGCAAGAGAAUAAAAAAGGAGCUGCCAUGCAAUAAGGUUCAGGAAAGCCAAGUUUCAUUAGAAUGUGACACAGUGUGUAAGGAAAUGAAACGGAAAGCUUGUGAGAUAAAAGAGGCUGAAACCAGAGCUUUGAUUGAAGAGGAGAAACGGAGGCAACAGGCUGAACUGGAGGCUUUUGAGAAUAGGUUAAGAGGACGUCGAAAGAACAAAAGAAAAAAGGAUGAAGUAGAAGUAGAACCAACUCUAUGGCAAAAAUAUAAGAAAACGAUUGUGCUGCCUAUAUGUGGAGUGGCUAUUGUGAUGGUUGCAUGGUUCAUAGCAUACAGUUACUGACUUUUUAAAAUUAGUUUCUAGACACCUCAGUAUGAUCAUAGAUAGCUGCUAAAAUGUUAGGUGGUAUAUGCUCAGUUGUGUUUUUUAAUAGUAAUUGGCCUCGUUUCAUCUGGGGAGAAAAGCAAAACAGACCUUAAUCUCUAUCCUUUACAUGAAAUAUUCAAAGUUACUGAGGUAAUGAUUAAAAAGUUGUUAAGUCUAAGCAAUCACACCAUGCUAAAUCCUGAGCCAUUGUAUCGCAUUCCUACCAUGUUCCAUUGAGUGAGAUUCUGUUCAGUACUAUUUCUGUCAACAUCCAUUCAUUUAAUGCCAUGUUGGAGAACAGUUCCAAGUGUAUAUACCUGGCUUACAUAGUCAUUUUUAAAGGUGCUGAUCAUUGAUGGGUUGAAGAGGAGAUGCCCCCCCCUCAAAUACACAGCUGAUUCGUAUUGUCAGAGUUGAACAUUUCUAUGGCCUGUCGGGAUUGGCAAGGGUCACUGUAUAUACAAUCUCUGUGCUAAAUGCAAUUGUAUUUGCAUACAUGAAUCUUACAAACAUCCUCCUGUAUGUGCUGUUCAGUCACUAUUUUUAAUAUUUCACUUAUCUACAUUAAAAUAGAUUUCUUCAGUGAAAUAGGAAUCCGAUCUUACUGCAGUUCCAGUUGUCAAAAUUGAAAAUUGUAUUUUCUAAUACAGUUCUGACACCGUGCUCCUCAAGGUACAGCUUUACUGAAAACUCUAUUUCUAAAGAGGCCUGUAUGUUUCAAAACUGAACUCAUGAAUUGUCUAGUAUAUCUGGUGGUAUUGUUUUAAAUUCUUUCUGUGAUACUUGACAUGGAAAAAAAGCUCUACAGGUGUUUAAAGGUUAAUAUCACUGACUCCUGAAAAGUAGUUUUCACAAAGAAAUUCUCGUUUGCUACUCUAAGAGCAGCAGCGAAUAUCAGGCAGUCACACUAUAGGGAAAGGUAUAUGAUUACAGUGGAUGUGAUGACAGUUUAAUUUAAGUUUGACGAUUAUGUAUAAAUAUAUGAAAUAUUGACUGAAGCGGGCCUUUGUCAGGUUGUAAAGCCCAGUAGUGUUCAGAUGUCUAGCUAACCUUGUAAAUGUUUCUAUUAACAAAUUGGUAGCCUUUCCUCAAGCUUUUCAAAAAUGAAGGAUAAAAAUAAUUGCGUGGAAAUGAACUGUUUCUAUCAUUAAUUAUAUAGGAAGUACUGUUGAAUCAGAUGAGGAGAUACGUUCAUUGGUAUUUUGAGUUUCUAGCAUUCAUCUGAUUCUAUUGCUGUACUUGAAAUGCUUUUCCCGCUUUCGUGAAAUGAUACCCACAAAGGAAUGUAUUAAAUCCAAAUCUUCUGGUCAAGCAUUCCAGGUGAGGCCUACGAGCACCAAGGGACAAGUUGGAGCUACAACUGGUCCAAGGUUGUUACUUUCACACAUUGCCAAUAGUGGGUCUGAUUUUAAUUAUCAUUGUACGGUACUAAAAUGUGCUGUCAACUUGUGGAUAACCCUGGAAACGGGCUAUACAACAGUAGUAUAUUGUGCAGGCUUUGGGUAUAGAGAGUAAAGUCUGAGAAAUCUUGCCAUUUUCAACUUGUUAUAUAGACUGACUGACUGACUAUAAAGGUGAAAAAUUAUCAUUUCUAUUGUGUAAUUGGAACCCCCCCCCCCAUUACAACAAACCAUCCUGCAAUUGUACAUUGUUAAACCCUUAAAAUACUUCAGAAGUUGUGGACCCAUGUGAAUAAAUCAUCAGAUUUCACUGUUAAAUAUCUGUUAGUGUUGAACACUUUGGAAUUAUUUUAUACUUAACACAAAUGAAAAGAAAUACACUUACCAACAUAAAUUCUAUGAAAACCAGUUUGAAUCUUACGCCUGUAUGAUGUUAUGUCUAAAUGGCUUGAGAAUGAAAAUGUAUAGCUACUUUAGCAUACUCAUUUGAACAUUUGUGCUGGAUUUUAUAUGAAAGGACUGGUUCCUUUCAUACUCUGGGCAUUCUUCUGAGAAAGAGCUGAGAACGGAAGUAUAUCUAUCUAUCUAUCCCCUGACAGAAAAGCCUCAGAAUGGUUUGCCAUUUCUUUGUAAGUAUGGCUACUGCCUGAGUUGCAUGUAUCUCAAGCUGUGCAAGAACAGAAUUUAGUAGCAAGGAACAGGGUUUCAUUGCCUUAUAUGAGCUCCUUGUCUGCCCUUUAGGCAAGCAGAAUAAAUUUUACAAAAACA